UUUGUGUCACCAUCCAGUGCAUGGAGCUUUUGUGCUUUCAGGGCCACUGGUUGACAUUUUUUCUUUUGGGCCAUAUUUGAUGAUGGACUUUUUAUCGGUUGUUUGAAGAUCCCAUGCCUCGUGAGACCUGCAUUUUCCUUUUGAAAAAUAAGCCAACCACUCUUGGAAUUUUCUCUUUCUUUUUUAUAAUUGGAUGCCUAUAAAAUAUUCCACAAGAAAUGUCAGAGAUUCAAGGUUAUUUAUGUUCAAAGGGCUUAUCUUUAUAAUAUAAAUACAUCAAAAGCUCAAGCAACCAAAAGCACCAAACCUUAUCAAAUUCUGCUUUUUCUUUCUACUUUGUGUUUGCUCUUUUGUUCCUGUUCUUCUUCUUCAUCUUCUUCUUCAAUAUGGGUGAAAUACAAAGACUUGUGCUUCAUCAACCAUGUUCAGUUACAGUACACCAAGAGUUCCAUGCUGGAUUAGAAGAUCAAUGGACGACCACCAAGGGAGAUGAUCGCUACUACAACGUUGCAUCUUCAACAUCGUCAUUUGAAGAUUCAACGAUUUCAAGUGAAUCGCUAUCUUCACUAGACUUGGCAGACGAUGCAUGUUCAUCAACUUCGAAUUCUUCAUCUCAAUCCAAUGGACCAUUAGAGGAUUUCACGGAGCUUUUUGCUCAACUGCCAAUCAAGAGAGGACUAUCAAUGUUCUAUCAGGGGAAGUCUCAGUCUUUUACAUCUCUAUCAAGUGUAAAGAGCAUAGAAGACCUUCCAAAGAAGGUAAAUUCAUACAGCAGGAGACUGAAUACAUGUAAGAGCUAUGCAGGUGGCUUGGACAACCACAAGUCUUCUUACACCCUUCCAAAGGCUCCAACUUUUAAGAAGGCAUCGAAAAGUUCUCUGUCUUUUGUCCAAGUUAGAAGAGGCAGUACUUUGGCUGGUUGUAGACCUCCUUCCAUUCCUGUAUAUGAUGAGAGCUUUUGAUACCUGAGCACUUCCAACAUUAAAUUGGCCAUUUUUUUUCCCUUAACUUUUGCUUGUAAAAUAGGAAUGCAAAUGAAAAUCAUGUGGCUGGCUUUGUAGGCGAUAUUUACUCUCUCAGCAUUAAUGAGAGUUUCUAAUAGAGACUACUACACUUCAUUCAAUUAUACUAAAA